AUGGCCCCAGUCGCGUCUGCCAUCGAAACUCCCAGCAAACAGGCUGCUACCAAACUCGCCAAGGUUGCAUUAGAGUCUCCCAUAAAGAUGCCAAAGCUCCAACUCGUCGACGACAAACGUCGCUCUUCGUCUCCGGACUCAGACCAAGAAGACAUGGACACGCUCCGACAAAAGUUCGUUGGCGAUGUCACCCUCCCUGAGAGCGAGGAGCCUCUACUAAAGCCGUCGCGUCGUCGCUUUGUCCUGUUCCCUAUACAAUACCACGAGAUUUGGCAAAUGUACAAGAAGGCUGAGGCCUCGUUUUGGACAGCGGAGGAAAUGGAUCUAUCCAAGGACUUGUACGACUGGAACAACAAGCUCAACAACGACGAGCGCCACUUUGUCUCACAUGUCCUCGCUUUCUUCGCCGCCUCUGACGGCAUUGUCAACGAAAAUCUGCUCGAGCGGUUCUCCAACGAAGUCCAAAUUGCCGAAGCGCGUUGUUUUUACGGAUUCCAGAUAAUGAUGGAAAACAUUCACUCUGAAACGUACUCCCUCCUCAUCGACACAUAUAUCAAGGAGGCCGCCCAGCGCGAAUAUCUUUUCGACGCCAUCGAAACUAUUCCCUGCAUCAAGCGCAAGGCUGAGUGGGCCAUCCGCUGGAUUCAGGAUGAGAAGUCGACAUUUGGGGAGCGUCUAGUCGCCUUUGCCGCUGUCGAGGGUAUAUUCUUCUCGGGUUCCUUCGCAUCCAUAUUCUGGUUGAAGAAGCGUGGCCUGAUGCCGGGGUUGACCUUCUCCAAUGAACUCAUCAGCCGAGACGAGGGCAUGCAUACCGAUUUUGCUUGUCUACUGUUCACCCACCUUCGUCGUCGCCCACAUCCGUCUGUGUUAGAGCGGAUCAUUACGGAAGCUGUUGGCAUUGAGCAAGAGUUUUUGACUGAUGCCCUACCCGUCAGCCUCAUUGGCAUGAACGCCAAACUAAUGUGCCAGUACAUCGAGUUCGUCGCUGACCGUCUACUUGUGGCGUUGGGCAACAAGAAGGUCUACAAUGUCAGCAACCCCUUUGAUUUCAUGGACAUGAUUUCGCUGCAAGGCAAGACCAACUUCUUCGAGAAGCGGGUGUCAGACUAUGCGAAGGCCAACAUUUCGAAUACUGGCACUAACGCAGCACAAACGGCGAGCAAAGCCUUUGUACUUGACGAGGAUUUCUAG